GUUGGUGUCGCAACGGUCAAAACGCGGGUCUUAGAACAUGCGCUUCCAUUGAUGCAUUUUGUUAUUCGUAAUUUGUUCGCGUGGCAAACAACAUCACGGAUAAAGAAUGAGGGUAAAUUACGGCGUGAUGACCACCCUUCUCAAGGCUCUGUUACCUUUGUUGUAAAGCAGCCUGAUGAGGAUCAACGUUUAGUGACCACAAACGAAACUUGCUUCGAGGAUACCACGUAUUCUACUGUCAUGGAAGCCCGCAACCAACCUUUUUUCCCCCUAUAUAUAGCAAAGUAGGUUUAAAAACAAUGCAGACCUCUCCGCUUGUCAUGGUUCUAGUGCUUCAAGUGGUUUGUACAGGACAAGAAUUAUGUGAAGUUUUUCCAGGGAACCAAAACAUCAUAUAUGGAUCAGACAUAAUAGUGUCAUUGAAAGCGUCGCCGAACAGUAAUUGCCACAAUAAAAAUACUUUUAAUACCAGCAGAGUUUACUGGACCCUCAACAAUCAGAGGAUAGCAAAACAUUAUUAUGACUCCAACUCCAGCUUUGCCUCAGUUUCCAUUGGAAACUUCUCACUGGCACGAGGGGUAAUAGAAUGCCUUUUAGAUGGUGACAUUCUGGGUGGUGUCAUCUUUACUUCAUAUUAUGUUCUCAGCAACCCCCAAAAUGUCUCAUGUGUUGGAAAACUUGAUUCUUUACUGAUUAAAUGUAUAAUCACCUGUAAUUGGGAUCUUGAUCAUACAGAGAAUACUAACUACACAGUUUUGCUGAAACAAGGUUCAGAGGAGAAAACCUGCAUAUCUAGAGAAAAAUCCUGCACAUUUGCUGAUGAAAGGGGUCCAUUACUAAGUAAAAGCAUUACUAUAACAGUGACGGCUGAGAAUCCAGUUGGGAAAGCUUUGUCAGAUAAAGUUACCUAUGAUGAUGUUUGGUCAAUUGUUAAAAUAGAUCCACCAGAUGUUCAUGUGGAACUUGAAUUGACUUAUCUCAGAGUGAAUUGGGAAAACAUUGAAUUCAGAAAAUUUGAAACAGAUUGUGAAAUACAUUUUACUGAUCAUGAAAGAGAUUCAUAUACUGAGCCUGUUAAACCUGUGAAAGUUGCCUCAAAAAGUCCUUAUUUACUGACUGGAGUGAAACCUUGUACCAACUACACAAUCUCAGUGUGUUGCAAGUUAAAAGGCUCAAUCUGGAGUGCAUGCAGUCAAAAUGUUUCAGUUCUCACCUAUAUCAAUGUCAGUCAUGUUCAGCUGUGGAGGUCUAAAAGUGUGUUAUCUGACAAAGAGAAAAGAUCAGUGCACCUUAUGUGGAAGGGAGUCCCUGCAUCAUGCAAUGCUUUUGAUGAGUAUCGUCUCUUUGACCACACUUACAGCUCAAACUUUGUUACAAGUUUCAAGCCCUCCGAGAAUCAUACCUUUAUUACACUGGAUGGCAAUUCACACAGAUUGUCUGUAGCUGCAUUCCAUAAUAACACCCACCUCACCGAAGCUUUCAUUGACAUACCAAGCACAGCAGAAGAUUUAGAUUUCCCUCCGCUUCGUAAUGUCAGCAUGCUAGCCAAGGAUGGUGAAAUUCAUGUCACCUGGGAUAAGCCUCCAUCUCCUGUCAGUGGCUACAUAAUUGUCUGGAACAGUACAGACAAAGACUUUUUGUGGCAGCAAACUCAGGAAACGCAAUUCUCUGUACAAGGUGAGCCCUUAACUCUCUACACCAUAUCUGUGAGCCCAAUUUAUGAGGAUGGACCUGGAGAUGAAGUCAGAAUUGAUGAAUACAUUCAAGAAGGAAUGCCCCCAAAAGUGUCUGAAGUUAGGGUGACGUGGAUUAGUGACAAAAAUGCUGAGAUACAGUGGGUCCCAGCAUCACGCACUGAGUGUUGUGCAUUGGUUGUGAACUACACCGUGAUUUUCAAAGCCCAAGAUGACCCCGAACCCAGAAAUGUGACUGUGAGUAAAAAACAACGAAGUGUCAUCCUGGAUGACCUGCGGCCCAGCACAGUCUACGCCGUCUAUGUCGUAGCCAAUUCAAUGGCUUCUUCCUCGAAUAGUGAUACUAAACAAUUCUCAACUAAGCUAUAUGGUGGAGCCUCCCUUACCACACUCAUUGCAUACUGCCUGACAUUGGCCCUGCUCCCUGUGUUUGUAGUACUCAGUGUGAUGAUGAGGAAGAAAUAUUUGAGUGAGAAGUUUCCCAAUCCUCGAUUUAGCUCAUUGACUGUAUGGUCUUCACAGUGUCAUAGAACGAACUGGAACCCCCUAACAAUGCCUUGGGUCUGUGACACUGAGAAGAUUCUCCGAUGUCACCUAGACACUGAGGCAGUCAGCAUCUCCCCAGCAAGCAGAAGAGAGCUAAAGCUUGAGGCCUCAAUGCCAGAAAACAUGGUUCUGGCCAGCUCUCCUAUUAUAAUGGAACUGCCAUCUGGUGGAAAACGGGAAACAUCCCAGAUUUUUCCAUUGACGGAUGUCCAUACACCUGGAGUUUGUCCCCUACGCCUUUCUCAGUCUUCUUACAGAAACCAAACCACCGUGAUGAGCCCCGUGAAGUCACCCAGGAAAGGUCCCGUGAAGCCUUGUCCUUCAGAGGAGACAGAGAUGCUACUGAAACAAAAGUUCCAAAAUGAAACCGCAGAUACCACAUAUGUUGCAGUGGAUGCGUUUGAACAUGGUAAACGUGAAAGCAAGUAAAAAGAGGAGUAUUUGCAGUUAUUUGACAUAUUUUGUCCUUGUUAUUUGGACCUAGAUUAUGAUGAUUAUAAUGCUUCAUUAUUUGCCUUUAUCUCCCUUCCUAUAUCUGGCAGGUAUUGGCAGAGAAGUUAGAUUGUAACCAACAUAACCUGAAUAUUACCAUGUUUUCUUCUUCUGUCUUGCACAUAAUAGUUACACAAAACACACCAUCCACAAAUGCUACAAUAGUUACACAAAAUGGCAUCCUAGAUUUGAAUGUAAUGUAUGAACGGCAUUGUUGGCUGUGGAUUCUGCUGCAAAAUGGUCAUUUAUGGGUGUUUAAUGGCAACUUUAGGCUAGUCACCAGUAUUGCUGCAUCCUUCCAAAGUUGGUGCUUAGUGCACUCUCAAGCACUUAGCAUAACAGACUAAUGCACUUAAGUGUAUUUCUCAUGAGUAAGCCUUUAUUUCUCAUAGGGUUAUUGCAGAGUGUUAUAUCUGUAUUCAGUGAUUUCCGUCCUGGAAAAAGAUGCAUGUGAAAAUGCUUGCAUUAAAAAUCUUUCUGAUGUUACAUUAUAAAAAAUACCAAUAAAUA